AUGGUCUUCAACGGGUUUCGCGACAGGCUCCGGUCCUUUUCGCCCCAAGAGCGCAAGGCGAUCUUCUUCUACAUAUGCGGUAUCAUGCUCUAUAAAUUCGGCUUAGAGGCGUUCAACGGAUCAAUCACUGCCCUGGUCACCAACAGAUAUGAUUACGAGAGCACUACUGCCGGAACCCCGUCGCGAACGUUCGAGCGACUGGGCCUGAUCCAAGGACUGAACCAGGCCACGCAGUGCGUCGGGUCUAUCCUCAUUGGACCCCUAAUCAAGCACUACAAAACCAAAAACGUGCUUUCCGCAGCCAUCCUGCUGUUUGGGCUGAUGACAGCCAUCCUCCUCAUCCUCGACGCUGCCACUGGCGGAACCUUCAUCCCUUCAGAAUAUCGAAAGAACCACCCAGAAGAUUAUUGGCCAUACUACGGCAACUACCCCAACGACACCAUAAUCCCCAUCUACGCCAUCGCAGGCAUCACCUACGGCAUGGUCGAGCUCAUCCGCCGCGUCAUCCCGCGAGACAUCGUCGGCGGCAACGUCCAGAAGCUCCGCCAGAUGGACGCCAUGGUGCACAUAUUCUACGAAGUCGCAGGCACCACCGGCGCCUUUGUGACUGCCCUGGUGUUGAUCCCGAACCUGGGCAACAACCGCUCCUUCGUCAUCACGCCAAUCUGCUUCGCCCUCGCUGCCAUUCUCUGGUUCUUUGUCGUCGACGCCAGCGCGGAGCGUAACGCACUCGCACGCGCGGAAGCUCAGAGCUCCAACUACUUCGUCGCCGUGGGCAAGGGCUUCCUCACCUUCUUCGAGUCCAUCUGGGUCGGCGCGAAGAUUAUUUUCAGCUCCCGCCGUUUUGUGUGGCUCUUGCCUGCUUACGGUGUCGCGCUGUACGCCCACAGAUAUCUUGAGAACGGCAUCGCGCCGCAGGUCGCCCGACGAUACCUCGACGAAUCGGCUUGGUCGCAGAUCAUGGUCGGUGGAUCGAACUUCGGAGAGCUACUGGGUGCGCUGUUCGUAUUUUUAUUCACCAACGUGAUCAAGACUCCCAUCCCAUGGCUCCGGCUGGACGCUCUGCUCCUGCUUAUUGUCUGGUACAUCCCCUACUGGAAUCCUCCUCCCAGACAAGUCGGACAAGCAUGGAUCAUUGCCGCCACGUUCCUCCCCAUUAGCUUCGGUUGGGCUGCUGGCGACGUGUCUCUUGCCGCGUACAUCCAGGCCUCACUGGCUCGCCUUGAGAACAAGGAGCACAACGUAUCGCCCUUGGCAGCUGUCAUGGCAUUCCUUUAUUCAUUUUACGUCGUGUCUUACGCCAUUUCCAGCACCUUCCUAGGACGAUAUAUCGACGCAAUGUACAACAGGUUGGGGGAAGUCAACACAGCCCUGACUUACACUGCCGGCGUGCAGUUCACUGUAAUUUUCUGCAUCGUCCUGCUCGCCACGUUCAUCCCGAAGGGCUCCAGGGCGAUUAAUCCAGAGAUGCUGGACGACACGAAGCUGGACGACGAGGAGCUUGGGGGAGACGGAACUGAAACUGUUGGCGGGAAGGAUAUUUCAAAGGAGGCUGUGUUGGAUUCGAAGAACCCUGCAAUCGUGAUGUGA